AUGAGAAGGGUGCCGAACGGUACCUUAAAGUGUGCCCUGGAAGAUAAGCGCGAUAUGCUCUUCAGGAUGCUUCACUACCGCUCGCAAUACCGGGAAUCACCUUUCCUACCGUUCGAAACGCCGGAGAUCGCCUGGUUACCGUUAACGCUCGUCGGAAAUCGCCUGGUUACCGUUAACGCUCGUCGGAAAUCGCCCGAUUACCAAAAGCCCUUGUCGGAAAUCGCCUCAGACAAAGCUCUCACUUCUCACUAG